AUGCCCCUCACUAUCCUCUCCGGGUCGCAGCUUCGCGCUCUGCUGCUCUCCCUCAACCGUGAUGAGAUCGUUACUCUGCAACGAAACCUCGCUGAUGCCUUGCGCGAAUACUCCACCGGAUCACAGGAAGAAGGCUGCUCAGCGACUUAUCAGCCCCAGCGCACAGCCAUCACUCGUCACAAUGGCUGCACUACCCUUUUCAUGCCCGCCACCACGGGCCAGACACUCGGUAUCAAGAUGAUCUCGUUGCAGGACGGAGGAACUGCGGGGUGUGCCGUGGAACGCAGUGCCGUGGAAUUCAGCGAUAGCGACGCACCUUCUAAGCGGUCACGGAGCUCCGUCCGCAACUCGGUGGCGUCGCUCUCUUCGGAGAUGAGUGACCUGUCUGUGGGAUCGUCGGUGGAAGACAACAAUUCUACAACCACUGGGACCAGCGGGACUGGAGAUAGCACUGACGACUCGACUCUACUCUCAGGAUGUGUCAAUCAGCUACCAGUCAACAGUCCGAGUUUUUCAAAGACGAUGGGCGCUUGGCCUGGUGUGGGCAUGCGAGAUAUGUCACCAAAAGGCAGUGUUACACUCUUGGAUAGCCAAAGUCUACCCUUUGGGCUUAUAAAUGCCCACGAGCUGACAGCCUUUCGCACUGCACUGGCUUCGCUGAUGAUUUUCAACAAGCGCAAGAAGGUCCGCACCCUUCUAGUCUUUGGUGCUGGUACCCAGGCUUACUGGCAUAUUCGCUUGGCGAUGAUUCUCCGCGGCGACGAGAUCCGACGGGUUUACAUCGUGAAUCGAUCAUUCGACCGUGCUGCUGAGCUUCUACGUGAUAUCUAUCAGGCUGAGAAUGCGGAUUGGCGCGGGGAUGCUAAGUUCUCCGCCAUGAGCACUGACUUUGGCGAGUACAGUCGAAUUCUGAAGGAACAUGUCCGCAAAGCAGACGUGAUUUUCUGCUGUACUCCUUCCGCCGAGCCUCUUUUCCCAGCAGAAUACCUCACCUCUCGCGAGGGCCGCCAAAAGGGCCGGCUGAUCGGUGCAGUCGGUUCCUACAAAGCUCACAUGGCCGAAGUGCAUCCUGAUAUUCUUCGAGACGAGGUUAAUGUGACACCUCCCCACCGCCACUUCCACAAGCAUACCCGACGAAGCGGAGUCGUGGUUGUCGACAGUCUAGACGCCGCCAUGAAGGAAGCUGGCGAGAUAAUCCAGGCCGGAAUCAAGCCUACGCAAGUCGUCGAAUUGGGUGAGCUUAUGAUGGUCCGUUAUGCAACUCACAACUUGAGUGAAGAAGAGGCCGCUGAGGAAGAGAAGAGUCUGCGCGAAUGGGUGGAGCGAGGGAACGUUAUCUACAAGAGCGUCGGGCUAGGCCUGAUGGAUCUGGUCACCGGCGGAGAUCUGGUGCGCUUGGCGCGCGAUCGCAAAUUGGGAACCACCGUAGAAGAUUUCUAG